UGAACAGCACAGUGGAGGACUUGUCGAGCAGGAGUGUGCCUUGAACAAUAUCGCCACCAAAUUCAAAUACAAGCCCAAUAAACGAGAAAAAUACGACCUGUUAUUAACCUUGGGAGGCAAAAAGAAGACGAUCAUGUAGCAACUGAAGAAGAAAUUAAAGAAACACCGUGGGAUCAAAUGGUUCCUGUGCGUUCAGGUAAAAAUGGUGRAGUCCAGUCCUGAUGGCGAAGAUCAGAACUCCACUCCACACUUCCGAUCAACCUGUAUGACUUCAGUCAAUGACACAGAAAUAGAGAAAGACUACACUCAGGCGGUAGAGAAAAUCAAAACCUCCUUCCUCGAAUAUCAGCGCGAGGGAAGUGGAUGGAAAUUGGAGGAGGYGUUGCAUGUGGAAUUKGGGGUUGCCGCCUACACUCCACUGAAAGGGGCCAGUUACCUUCCCCUCCCCAAGAGGUUGAAGGAUAAGAAGGCGGUCCUCAACAUCCUCAAGAUGCCAGAUGAAGACCAGGCCACCCUGUCCUUCAAAGAGGUCCAGAUUCAACUCAAAGUCCCAUUUAUCAUUUAURMGRAUUUUGAGUCCCUGCUYGUGGAAUGUGACCACACCCCUUUGAAGGAAGGUGCAAGCGGUACACARAAAACCCAACACCACCAGCCCUGUGGGUUUGGAUAGACGGUAGUGUCCA